GGAUCUCGAGCUGGGUGUGGGCAGGCACACGCCCUCUGUAUAUAAUCUGCGCGGACGCCGCAUCGGCCGGACUGUCGUUCUGCGGUAGCGGACGUCGGCUCGGAAACACCUACACUGGUUCUGCUGGUCGGUCUCCCUGAUGGGCGCACGUCCUGGCCAGCGCUGACGAUCGUACUGCAGAUAUCCUCUUCCGUGGGACAUCUCAUUCCCGGACGAGAUAUAAACGAGACGAUCCACCCCACUUGAUUGUACACCGACCCACGCCAUGUCUACGACCCACCAAGACGGCUCGGAAUCACGACCCUUACUUCAGGACUGCAGGCCCGACUCUCCCUGUCCCGCAGACGAGUCGGGACCCACAAACCCGCAAGAACCCGAGUCCUCUGCACCUCCGAACAAGGUCUCAGGGACAGAUCUCGCCUGGGUUCUGGCAGGGCUGUGGAGCGCAGUAUUCCUCGGUGCUUUGGACGGUACCAUUGUUGCGACUCUGCUCGCUCCAAUCGGCAGCUAUUUCAAUGAAUCUAACAGAUCCUCAUACAUUGGAACAUCGUACCUGUUGUCUGUAUGCUGCUUCACCCCUUUGUAUGGUCGCUUGUCCGAUAUCCUGGGCCGGAAAGGAGCGAUGCUCCUCGCUCUGUCCUUGUUCGGUGUAGGCACUUUCCUGUGCGGACUUGCCCCCUCGAUGGACGGUCUUAUCGUCGCGCGCGCAAUAGCGGGCAUGGGAGGAGGAGGGGUCAUGACAGUGUCCAGCAUUGCAGUAACGGAUCUGAUUCCCUUGCGGCAGCGGGGCCUCUACCAGGGCUUGACCAAUAUUUUAUUCGGCUUAGGGGCCGGAUUGGGUGGUCCUCUGGGAGGAUUUCUCAAUGAUACCUUCGGCUGGAGAUCAGCCUUCCUCUUCCAGAUGCCGAUUCUUCUAUUCUCCUUUGUAUUGGUCAUAGUGAAGGUCAACAUCAAGCUGCCGGAGGAGAUUCAGCAGCAAAGCCUACACACGAAAAUUCGGCGUAUCGACUACCUCGGGUCCUUCACGCUUGUGGGGACUGUAGGUUGUCUGCUACUCGGGUUUAGUCUUAAAUCCACGGAGGAGCUGGGUUGGUCACAUCCACUCAUUUGGGGGCUGCUGUUGGCCAGCGUGAUCUGGUGCAUCCUCUUCGUUUUGGUCGAAACACACUGGUCACCGUAUCCCGUCAUGCCCAUGAGAUUAGUUAAGCAACGCACACCUCUCUUUGUAUCGCUAGCGUGCUUCUUCGGCAGUGUAGCCGCAUUUUCUGCGCUGUACAACGUUCCAUUGUAUUUCUCCGCCGUGAGGCUUGACUCAUCCACCGAUGCAGGUCUUCACUUACUUCCACAUUCGGUGGCCAUCUCGACUGGUAGCGUCUUCGCCGGCUGGUACGUGGUCAUGCGCCGCACGGGCAAAUUGUAUACCUUGACGUUGGUUUCCUGUUUCAUGACAGUAAUUGCCGCCUCUAUGCUGGUCUUUUGGAACGAGAAUACGUCGUGGUUCCAUCUAUGGUUCGACAUCGUUCCUCAGGGUCUAGGUAUGGCGAGCGUUAUCACGACUACGCUCAUUGCAAUGAUCGCAAGCGUGGUGAAGGAGGAUUUGGCUGUGGCGACAGGCAUUACCUAUCUGUUCCGCACUACUGGCCAAGUGCUCGGAGUCAGCCUUAGUGGCGCUUUGCUGCAGGCAAUACUCACUCGCAAACUCCGCGAGCGCAUAACGGGGCCUGGUGCCAUCGAGAUCAUUGAACAGAUCCGGCAUUCCACGAGCAUGAUACCACAGUUGGAGCCGCAUCUGCGCCAGGCAGCCGUAGACUCUUAUGCGGACGCCUUACGCAUUGUCUUCAUAUGCCAAGCUGUAGCAAACCUCCUCUGCUUCCUAUGUUGUAUACCUAUCCAGGAAAAUAGCCUACCGUGCGUGUCGACAUUUUGGUUUCUGUGCUUCUGGACUGACAAUUAUGCAGAGGGACGCACGAAGAGCAGGAAGCACAAUAUAGACGAAACAAAACUUACGGUAGCACCGAUUCUAAUGCAUGAUGUGCUUGUACUCGCCUAUAUUUCAAUUCGGGCGUCAUGA